AUGAAAUUCAUCAUCUUUUUCUGUUUAAUGGUUUUAGGUUAUAUGAAUGAUUCUUAUAUUAAUGAAAAUAUUUAGCAUUAAUUUUAACUCUUAAUAGUAAAUUAAAUAAACAUAAAAAGUCUAUUAAAAUCGUUUUAAGAAUUAUAGUUCAAAAGAACUUUUAUCUUAAGAAAACUCAAUUAUCAAACAAGGCAGAUAUUCAUAAAUAACAUUUUGAAUACUUAUGAGCAAACUCCUUACAAGAAUUAAUAACAUUAAAUUCAUAAUCCUAAUAAACUAAGAAUAAUUGCUUUAUUAGAUGGAAAGAGCAGUAUUAUAAUACUAUUAAUUGCAUAGAUGAAAGAUUAUAUAAUAAAUGAAUAGAUUGGGAUUAAGUUUAACCUUGUUUUAUAAAAUUUGAAUGCUUUAUAAGAAAACUUAGCCAAAUUGAAAAAAUUAAAUAAACAUUCAUUAAAUAGUUACAUAGUAUUUAGAUAAUUGAUUGAGGAUGUAUUAUUAAAAUGUUAGAAUUAUAUGUUAUUUAAAUAUGAAUGA